CCACUGCUAUUUCCUGGUCAGAAGCAGUGCUGUGCCACACUGCUGGGCAGGAAAGUUCCUCAAGGCAGCUACAGGUUAUGAACGCCAACUAUACGCCUUAACUACUCUAAUUUUAUCCUCACAACAAAUCUAUGUGGUGUUUUUUAAGAUCUGUUUCAGAGAUGGGAAGGCAGAUGCAAAGAGGUUUAAAUCAUUUGUUCAAGCAAAUGGCAGAACUGGGAUUUGAACCCAGGACUGCUUGUCGCCACCACCAGCAAUACUGUCUUCUUAGGAAAUAUUAGGGCUGGAAGGAUCAUCAUAUUGAACUGCUGCCCCUACACUAUUUUACAGAUGAGGAAACUGAGGCCCAGAGAAGGGUACGAAUGCCACAGAGGAGUCUGAUCUGAUUUUGUGUACCUUCCCUUCCUCCUCCUCUCAAGAGAGCCCAGAAGGGAAGCUACUGACCUCUUAUAGGUGUAGCCCAAGAUGAUGCCAGCUCCGAUGGCAAUGAUGAUCACCAUCAUGGCGAUACCCAGCACGUAGCCUGCCAAGGAGAGGACAUGAGGUCCCGUUAGCCACACCCAGGACAAUCGGCAAAUGGCAUCUCUUGAUGGACCCUAGCAAGGACAGGGUUGGGGCAGUCAUACCAAGCGUCCCCAGGUCCUUCUUCUCCUUGGAGUUCAUUCGCACCCUCUGGCUGAUCCCAACCACUGGCUGCACGGCUGCCACCUCGCUCUGGGCCGGCAGGGCAUUGGCGGGCGCAAACACCUGCUCAUCUUCACCUGGCACUUCGGAUUCUUCCUUGCCCAUCUCUGUUGUCGGGGCUGACGGGGCCUCAGAGGGGGUCUCUGGAGGUGAGGUGGGAAAUAGCUCUCAUCAGAGACCGUCCUGAGUGAAUUCCACAGCUGAACCUGCCCCAUUGUAGGGGGACAUGAGGGCAGGGUCCACCUUAGAAUCACUGAAAUCAAACUCUGCCCCAGAGGCAAAACCUGGAAAGGCCAGUCCUGAGAGGGCUGCACCAUUGCUGGGACAAGGCAACUGGGAGGGGACAGCCUCCUGCCUCCCAUGUCUUCCUCUGUUCAAUUCCUUGCUAUCCUCCAAGGCCCAACUCAGCUGCCAUCUUCUCCAGGGGGUCCCCUUCCAUGCCAGGAGGCAAUCCAUGACUUCCCUGGGCAGCUCACAUUUAUUGCGCCCACACUUUGCGCCAAUCCCUGUGUUAAAUACUUUACCCUGAUAAUCCCAUUUAAUUCUAGACAACUCUCUUGCUGUCUCGAGGGCAACAAGCUCUUCGGAGUCUAGGAAACUCAGAUUCAAAUCUGGGCCCGGUCAGUGCUUUUGCGAAGUUGCUGAACUUCGCCGAGCCUCGGAUCCCCCAGUUUCUUCCCAGGGUGGGGGAAGAGUGCCUGGCGCGCACAUGCUCCCUAAACUGUCAACAAACGCUGAGGGGCGCGCCCGGAACAGGCGCGCUGGGCGGGGCGCGCGCGGCCGGGGGGCGGGGCCUCUCCUCCCACGGUUGUUUACAAGGCGCUCGCGGAGGAUGAGCUCACUCUCAGCGGCGGCGGCGACCAAUGGGAUUAAGGCCCUGCGGCCUGGAGACAGCCCUGGCCAAUCGGACGGCGCAGGGGCGGGGCGGGGUCGGCCGGCGUCGCGCGGCCGCACGUGCGCGGCGGGUGUAACGGCAGCUCCCAGUCAGGCGCAGAGGUCCGGGGGUCCCGGAGUCCCGGGAUACCCGGCGGGUACCUGGGCAGCGCACGUCCUCGCAGGGCCGCUUCUCGGCGGCGCCGUCCUCGCUGCUGACGUAGCACCAGGGCCCGCGCGGGUCCUGGUCCGGGUUCCGGCAGUAGCUGUGGUUGCCGGCGCCUGGGAGGGGCGAGAGGGCGCCAUGGGCUGAGGCCUGGGCCGCGGCCGCCGCCCGCCCACCCGUCCCGCAGUCCCCGGGGCGGACACUCACCCGACCCGGGGGCCGACGCCAGGCCGCUCUGCGCGUCCAGCCAGUUGAGGCAGCGGAGGCCCGGCGCGGGCGAGGGCUGGUCCGCCCGGUACAGGUGGCCGUUGUCCCAGAAGCAGCCUGUGAGGAAGAGGAAGCCCCCCCACCAGACACUGAGUGGCGGGCGGCGAAUUGAGGCACCGAGCGUGGCGCCCACCCCGGCCGUGCCCCUGUCCUGCCGGGCCUCCCUCUCCUCACGUGGGAAACGGCACCUGCCUCACAGGGUGGUUGUGAGCCCCAAGAGAGGCAAGAAGAGAAGACGCCUUUAAACCGCCCCCCACCCCCAAGCUGGGGUCUGGCCUUCAGUCAGCGUUCAGAGAACAUUAAUUUUUUAAUUAAAUUAAUUAUUUCUCUUAAUCCGGAAAGCCCUACAGGAGUGCAAGAGAUUGUUCCUCUUGAACUUGUGGCCACUUUGGAGGAGACAGGGGCUUGGGGCCCUUCGUGGAGGUAGUGGGAGUAGUUUGGGGGUCGGUGGGCCGCCGUGUCCUGAGAUUCAUCCCUGUUUAUCGUGCCCGCCUUACAUAAACUCCAGCGGAUGCGGCCACCUUCUUCCAGUCUCCCACAGGCAACAUUCCCUCCCGAGAGCAUUCUACAAAAGCCUUGAUGCAACCAGGCAAAAGAUUCAAGAAGCAUCAAACGCAGGGAACCGUCCUCAUCGCUGCCGGGAUGUGAUUCCGAAUUCCCACUCUCCUCCGCAGGGGAUCUAGGGGCAGGGGGCUGGGGAAGGAGGGCCUGGGUUCUGGCCACAUCAUUCAGAUACCCUAAAAAGGACAGGGCUUAAGGAAUGGGAGAGAUGAACCCCCCCCCCCUUCCCCAUCCCCCGAGUUCCAUCAACUCUUGAGCCACAGGCAAGGAAAGGGAAAGAGAAAGUGGCUACUUGCCUUUGUUCUUAAUGGCAAAGAUGGAGCUGCAACCCCUGGCAAGGAAAGGGGGUGGGGAGAAAUGUAUAUAUAUAGUAAAGCUUUCGUUGGACAACAGACAGCAGCUAUAAAAGCUUCAUGUCGUGUCAUCGUCCUGGCUAGCCUGCUCAUGUUCGGGAAGUAGGGAGCUUCGUUAAGUUGCUGCAGAAAGGAAGGAAGGUACCCUCACCUCCGGAUCCAUAGGCUUCUGCAAGGAGCAUGUUGCUGAUGAGAACUGUCUGUACCCAGGCCAGCAGCAUCCCAGCCUUGGUCAUCCUGCAGGUGUCCAAAGUGCCUGGGAGCCCAGGUCCCCUUGGCGGCUGCUCUGCCUCCCUGUCCCAGCCUUGCCGGCAGACCUGCCCUUGUUACGAUCUUCUGGUAAACAGCCUCUCUUUAGAACUGGGAGAUUCCCAGCUAGCUCGCUGCAGCGGCGCGAGGUUGUUUUCGGCUGAGAGGCGCCCCCUGGGUCCUAAGCCUCCUAUGCCCUGCAAGAUCAUUAACCCUGGGUCCAGAGAGGAGCAGAGCCAAGCGAAGAGAGGCAGAGAGGUUCACGUUGCGCUUAGCAGAGGAAUCGGUUAGAGACCUGCAUGCCUGCAUCCCCAGGGCUUUUCAUCUCUUCUGUUUCGAUUUUGUGGCUUGGAACCAUGCUGGCACACAGCAGUGAAGAAGAGUGAUAAAUAUUUGUUGAAUGAAUGGAUGAAUGCUGGCAGCUUAAUCUUCAGUCAUCCGUCUGUCACUCCUGGUGGAGCUGGUGCAAUGAAGGGGAGUCCUCCUCAUACUGAAUCUUAACCCACUGAAGAACCGUCACCCUGUUAACUUGCUAGAAUAGAGCUGUUCCUGCAGUCUCGGCUUAAUGGAAGCGUAUCCUGAGAUCCUGACUUCUCAAGAUGGCUCGGACUCAAAAGAACAAGGCCACAGCACAUCACCUAGGGCUGCUUAAAGCUCGCCUUGCUAAGCUUCGCCGGGAACUCAUUACUCCAAAAGGUGGUGGUGGUGGUGGACCUGGAGAAGGUUUUGAUGUGGCCAAGACAGGUGAUGCUCGAAUUGGGUUUGUGGGUUUUCCAUCUGUGGGGAAGUCAACACUGCUCAGUAACCUGGCAGGAGUGUAUUCCGAGGUGGCAGCCUAUGAAUUUACUACUCUGACCACUGUGCCAGGCGUCAUCAGAUACAAAGGUGCCAAGAUCCAGCUUCUGGAUCUCCCAGGUAUCAUUGAAGGUGCCAAGGAUGGGAAAGGUAGAGGCCGUCAAGUCAUUGCAGUGGCCCGAACCUGUAACUUGAUCCUGAUUGUUCUGGAUGUCCUUAAACCCUUGGGGCAUAAGAAGAUAAUUGAAAAUGAACUGGAAGGCUUUGGCAUUCGCUUGAACAGCAAACCCCCUAACAUUGGCUUUAAGAAGAAGGACAAAGGAGGCAUUAAUCUCACGGCCACUUGUCCUCAAAGUGAGCUGGAUGCUGAAACUGUGAAGAGCAUCUUGGCUGAAUACAAAAUUCAUAAUGCUGAUGUGACUCUGCGUAGUGAUGCCACAGCUGAUGACCUCAUUGAUGUGGUGGAAGGAAACAGAGUGUAUAUCCCCUGUAUCUAUGUGUUAAAUAAGAUUGAUCAAAUCUCCAUUGAGGAAUUGGAUAUCAUCUAUAAGGUACCUCACUGCGUCCCCAUCUCUGCCCACCACCGCUGGAAUUUUGAUGAUCUGUUGGAAAAGAUCUGGGAUUAUUUGAAACUAGUAAGGAUUUACACCAAACCCAAAGGCCAGUUACCAGACUACACAUCUCCGGUGGUGCUGCCUGACUCCAGGACCACAGUGGAGGACUUCUGCAUGAAGAUUCACAAAAAUCUUAUCAAAGAAUUUAAAUAUGCUCUGGUCUGGGGUCUGUCUGUGAAGCACAAUCCUCAGAAAGUGGGUAAAGACCAUACGUUGGAGGACGAGGAUGUCAUUCAGAUUGUGAAGAAGUGAAACCUUUCCUUUUCCCCAAUGGCUGGGCCAACUGCAGCAGCUUUCCCCAUGAACAAGCACCCUAUGACAUGCCCCUUCUUGGCUUUAGCUGCUGCUUGGUCAGGAUUUAGGGGAGAGAGAUGGAGGUACCUAAACUGGAGCGUCUCUCUUCUUAUCUUGGCGUCACUUUAUAUGUUGAACUGCAUAAAGGACCUGGUUCGCCA